UGUUGGUCCUUCUAGUGAAGUACUAUUCCAGCUACUAUAGAUCUAAUUUUUCUUCUUUUGCCCAUACAAAGGAGCGUGAUAGCAUAUCUACAAUGCCAAUGGAAAUGGCUAAUGAAACACACAAAAAGCAAUGAAUAGUGAGAAAUAUCAUCCGACAGCACUCGACCUCAAUGCCCCAAUUCUAUCCACCAGGCGUCCUCCACAGUCAUCUUGCUGCAUCAACAAGGCAUCAUCGAGAAGAGGGGUCAGUGAUGGCAUUCCGUUCUCAUGGGAACAAGCUCCGGGCAAGCCCAAGAAGAGCAUCGAUGACGUGACGGCGAGCGACUCGGCGAAGGAUGCAGACACGCCUUGCCCUCGUCCUCCACCGCAGAUGGCCUUGAGACUGAAAGGAUAUGGUGACGAUGACAGUGGCGACGUUUCCUCGUUAAAUAAUGAAGACGAUGUGUUUUCUAAUGCUAUGGACGUGUUCUCGCUGUCGGAGGCAAUAGAUAUCCUCGAGAGAGCUGAGAGACCGGUACACAGGGCGAACGAUAAUAUUGACCAGCUGAAGUUGAAGAUUGCGGAGUCAUGCGGCAAGGACGCGUCGCCCAACUUCAUGAUCAACCGGUUCCUCCCGGACGCCAGUGCAUUAGCGUUGGCAGCGGCGUCUUCAGCCCUUACUAAUUACCAUCGCCAUCCUUCCCGUAGCGAGGACGAGACCAAGGACUUGAAUUGUUGCAAGAGGCAGGUGAGCUCAUCAUGUAGGUACAAAGAACAAGAAGUGGUAUCAUCAAGGAGAUCGGCAACAACACAAGCUAGUGGAGCUCAGAAAGGGUGUGGAAUGGAGAAUCUCUUCCUUUGGCGCAUGAAGCCCAGGCUCUGUGGUGAUCAUAAGACUUGCCAUGUUCAGCCCUUCUCUACUGCCAAGCCCAAAAAUAUGUAAUCACAUCUCAGAUUUUCUCCUCUUUUGGUUUGCUUUUGUUGGAUAAACAUGAGAAAUGCUAUUAAUUUGUAGUGAUUAAUAGGUUAUGUUGUUCAUCA